CGACCCAGAGUUCCCCUGACCAGAGGUUUUUUUUUUUUCCUUUUUUUUUUCCUGCAGGGAGGCAUUAUGGGUUUUUUUUUUUCCACUGGGAAAGGAAGUGUCUACGUGGCCUGCGGAAACAGGAUGGGCGGAAAUGAGCUAAGGUUCCCGCGAGUGGGGAAGCGCGAGGUCAAAUCUGGGGCCACGCCCCCGAGCCUCUUGCGCAACUAUCGGAGAGGGCUCUUCUCAGACUGAAAACUGACUUCUCUAGCUGGAACAGCAGGGCCCAGGGUGAUCAUUUUACUGUAGGAGAAAUGGGGUUAGCAGACAACAGUGAGGGAGAAGAACAGCUCAUGCCCAACAACUCUGAUGAACCCAAUGAAGAUCAAGGCGAAGAAAUCCAACAGCCAGAAGAGCGUAUUCCAGCAGGGCAGCGAACACAAAGAGCAGGCACACGGCCAUCCAGAUGUCGAUUGCCUUCACGUAGGACACCUGCAACAUCCGCCAAUGGAGCAGUCAGCCUUCUUGGAGUCCUCCCAUGGCCAUUCCAGUGGGUUGCCAGCCCAUAUCAACUGCCUGCUGUUCUUCAGUUUUAUCCUGAAUUUCUUCUGGUUUUUAAAGAAGCUUUUCAUGAUAUGUCCCAUUGUCUGAGGGCCUAUGCCAAAGAGAUCGGGCUACCCACCAUCCUUCUCUCUGCCCUCUCCACCCUCCACUUCUAUCUGCCUUUUCUCCCUCCACUUCUUUUCCUUUCUUUCUUCCUUCCUUCAGGACUUCUGCUUCUGCUUAUUAUUCUUUUCAUUCUUCUUCUGAUUCUUUUCUUUCAGUAAACAGCAAUGAACAUGAAGCCUGCAUUUGUUUGCUCUCUGUUACCUCCUAGGGUCAUCACAGCUACGGUGGUAACUGGGCAGGAUUCAUGGUUCUCCAGUGAGACACAGGAGGACCUUGAGGCCUGGAGGGGAGAAGUCUUAGUCUGACCCGGUGGGAAGAUGGCACUAGGGGGAGAUCCUGGGCUUUCAGUUCAGUGGUGCUGCCGUCUACAUAGGCUGCAGUCUCAGUGUCAGACCAGGAGUCCAUUCCUUUCUUUCCUCCACCCCUAUUCUUCCUUUGACCCUGUGACUCUUUGUAAGAGGCCCUGGUGAGGAUUUGAGCUCAGUGGUGAGUGGGGGCCUCAUCUCUCACAAUGAAGAGCAAAGCAGGGCAGGGAUCCCAAUGGAGAGCCAUCCUCCCCCUGCUCCAGAUGCUUCUCUAACUUCAAAGCACUAUUGGCUUCUGCCUAUCUGGUCCCUAGUGCUCUCCUUUACUACCUGCCUUGGUAGCCUGUAAGUACAGUCAGCCUUCCGUAGCCGUGGGUUCUGCCUCGAGAAUACAGAGGGCCAAAUGUAAGGGACUUGAGCAUCUGCUGACUUGGGUAUCUGCAGGGGGUCCUGGAACCAAUCCCCUGUGAGUAUAAGGGACAACUGUACUUUUCUCUCCCAUUUCCCUUGUGAGGAUUGAAUGCUCACCUCUCCUGAAACAGGGUCGUGGCUGGGUGGGACCAGAAGAGUGGCUAGAACUCAGGUUUUUGAUGGCCUUUCACUUCCUCAACCACAUCGACUCCCUACAUAAGUUUUGCACAGCUGAGCUCACCCUGGGGGGCUCCCCAGCAGGAGUAGUAUUCAUGACAGGCAACCUCUUUCACCAGCCUCUGCUAUGUUGGACAGUGAGGGUGUUGCAGACUCUAGGUAAGGAGCAGGUCUCACUAGAGAAAUCUUCCAUCUCAGUGGUUCUUAGCCAGGGAUGACUUUCCCAGCCCCCAAACACCAGGGGCAUUUCACAAUGUUUGGAGACAUUUUUGGUCACACAAUUUUGGGGUGGUGCUGGCAACUGGUAUCUAGUGAGUAGAGGCCAGGGACGCUGCUAAACAUCUUACAAUGCACAGGAUCCCCUCCAUACUUGCACAACAAAGAAAAAUAAUCUCACCCAAAAUGACAGUACUGCUACGAUUGAGAAACCCUGCUCUAUUUCUUUUAAGGCAACUCCACUGAGAUGGUAGUGGUGGGUUGCUAGGCAACCCUGAUUGAGCAUCCUUUGGUGUUUCCAGUUUGUCACCUACUAAGAGGGCAUCCUAUUUCAUUCACCAUCUCCCAGUCCCACUGUGCCCCCAGGGAUGUUGAGUAAGUGCUAUGAAAAUCCAUAAUGAGAUAAUGACAAGGGACGUCCAUGAAGGGCUUUGGACCAUCAAAAGAAAAGAACACCUUAAGCAGCAGGAAGAAAGUCUUGUUAACAAUAAAUGUGUCAAUAAUGCACCUUAAAUUUCUCUAGAAUCCAUCCACUCACUAUCCUCGCUCAUCUGAAGAACUGUUACAGUUUCCUAAACGAUCUCCCUGCAUCUAUGCUUGCCACCUCCAAUCUGUUCUCCAAACAGUAGCCAGAGUUUUGUUUCCAAACUGUAUGUAUGAUCAUAUCGCUUCUCUGCUUACAACCCUUCAGUAGCUCUCCAUUACCUUACGAUACAGUCAGUGCUUCCCUUGGCAUGACACGUAGUCCCUGUCAACUUCUUCAGCCUCAUCCCACCCCUUGCAAUCCAUGACCGUGCUGAACAAUUUCAAUAGUCUCCCAAAGAAGUAAUCUUGCUCUCUCUAUCUCUCCUUUACCUUGAUAACUUUUACUGAAACAUUCACUAUACCAUGUCCUCUGAGACAUCAUCCCUAAUCAUCCCAGUAUGGGUUGGUUGCCCCUCCUGUAUGUGCUCUGGUUACCUACACCUUCUUAGCAUCCAUCAAAGAGACCUGGUCGAUUCCUUCAGUAGACUGUGAGCUCUUCAAUGGCAGGGACUUCUGUUGUGUUCACUGUUCUAUCCCCCGUGCCUAGCUGAGUGCCUGGCACACAGUAACUAUCUUUUGAAUCAAUGAAUACAUGGAUGAUUUAGCAAUGUAUUUGUCUCUGCUGACUUCUGUUUGCUCUCUUGGCUCUCCUUCUUACUACCUGCCCCAAGAGCUGUGAGCCAUUUAGAUGACAGAUUUGGAAAGAAUUGGGUCCCUCCUCUCUGCUGCAACUUUAGGUCUCAUCCGUCAGUCUCUGGUAGAAAAUUCAGCUUACCCUUCCAUUAUGCACUAAGCCACCUGCAGUUUGUGUAGAUCAA